AAAGGACACAGGAACUCAACGAGAACUACACAAGGAUCAUAGGUACAAUUUCAUGAGACCGGAGAACUCCGAGCGAGCGGGGAGGUGAGGCCUACAGAGGCUCGACACCCAUCCAGCAUCACCAGGAACAGCUUUGGCCGUUAUUUGGAACAUGAGUGCGGCGUGAGUCAACUUGCAGCGACAGCAUCGAUGCUGGGAUUGGUCCAAAGCCUCUGUGUCACCGCUGAAAAUCCCAACGCAAGCCACACUCACAGCCAAGCCGAUCCAUGCACCCGCGUUGAAACUUGCCAGAGUCGUCUGCGCAUCCGCACAUCGGACAGUCGUACGAGGCCUGGACUGCGCCGCCCCCACCAGUGUACUCUUUUGUGGCUGCCCAGUUGGAUCUGGAUGCCGCGGUUGCUUUUUGUGCCUCAAGUGAAGGAGAAUACCACACACAGAUUGCGUCUCCCUUUUGCUUUGCGCAAAAGCACCGCUGGGUCCACAGCACCCUGCGUAGCUGCGUUACCGGUGCUCUCGUCGCACUGAUGUUCUGGUCGGAAUCAUAGGCAGCGCUCCGCUCAUCAGACCUAUCUCGGGCGUGGCAGAAAUGCGCGCCGUGGAUAAAGUUGACCUCAGAUGCUGGCGGAAUACACGAUGGCCAUUCCCAGCACUUUGCUUGACAGUAUCUCCGAAGCGAUCACGGUCAAAUAUUUCAAGCUUAUCUUAUCACAGGCCCAUGUCCUCUCAUCUGGCAUAACAGCAUUCUAUUCCGAAAUAUCCCAACCGCGUUUUACUGGAUCCUGAAGAGUGCACAAUGGAUCGCAGCCACCACUAGGGCCGAUUGCGCGCUGUGCCUUCUACGCAACGAUCAAGUUGAUGCUAGCGAAGUCGUAUCUCGCAGGGUUGACCCCCGGCUGCACACUCCUCGUCAACGCUUGUCGCUGGAAAUCCCGCGAAACUGAACACACCGCGCAAGCACCAGGAGCAGUUGUCUCGACCGCCGUCAAGAAGAGCGCCGUGCCGGGGCUGUAGGCGGAGAUGUCCGGCAUGGUCAACUCGCUGGGCGGCACCGGGAAUCCCGGCAACGGACGGAUACCUGUAAACAAUGAUCAGCUCCUCGCACUGGCAGCACUGAUCUCCGUCGCCACAAACCCAUUUCCGGCUCAAAGAAAGGGCCGUACGACUCGAUGAACGAUCCCGGGUCCAGACCCCCGUCGGCGUUGAGCGCAGUUGGCGCGCUCGUCGAGAGGUAGAUGGUCACGGGCGUGUGAAUCUGAUGGCAUCCACCUGGAACUGUUCUCAGCGAGUGUGCACACCAGCUCUAAACCGACUCACCGUUGAUCGUCCCCGUUUUGAACUUGAAAGGAACGACGGCUUUGCUGGUGAUAGUCGUCCCAGCCACCGGUUUAUUGAUCCUGCCGCCUGCAGAAACCACAGAAAUGCCGCCGAGGAGUGUCGCGAAGAGGAGCGUGAUUUGCAUUUCGAUACGAGAGGCCGUGUCCGUACGUCUCCAAUCUUAACUGAUCAUUUAUAUAUGCUCCCCAGCGAAGAACGCCUGUCUCUGGAAGUCGCCCAUGCUCGACUGGACUCGACUAGCAUCAUCCUUAGUACAAUUGAUCAUAGCGUCGAUGCUAGAAGCAGUCCCCGAAGCGACACAAUCAUCGUUGGCCACCUGAUGAGUCCAACCUUCCCCGGUUGCUUCACAGCACUGCCAACGAUUGAUCCAAAAGUAACUCCUGCCCCUACCAAGCCUCGUUCGCGCGGUAAACGUGGCUGACCAGCGUCUUCAUAGCUCAUGGAACAUUAAAAAGGGCAUUCGAACUGAACGGGAAUUACAACAAGAUCUUUGUAUAAAUGGGAGUAUUCUGAUGAGAAGCCGG